UGAGAAUUCAUUCAACAAAGAGGCAACCAUUUCCCUUGUCCAUUUUCUCUCUGCGACAGUUCCUUUCUCUCUUCUCCUAUUCUUCAAACCCACCAAAGAAACAACCAGUGCUUCUCCUUCAAAAUAAACCAACUAUGACGUAUUUCCUGAAACAGCUCACUGAAGAUUCCAUCACACAUGAAAGACUGCUGAUUCCUGCGGAGUUUGUGAAGAAAUGUGGGAGAGAAAAUCUGACAAACCCACUAGUGGUGGAGCCAACCGUUGGUGAUCCAAGGGAGAGGGAGCUGGAGCUCUACGAAGAUGGUGGCGUGCUUUGGCUGAGGAAUGGCUGGCAGGAGUUUGUGGAUCACUACAAACUCAGCCAUGGAUGUUUUCUACUGUUUGAGUACAGGAGCUACUCGAGGUUUAAGCUUUUGAUGCUUGGUGCAAAUGGGCUGGAGUUGGAGCUUCCAGUUUCCGGUUUUGUCAAUGUUGGAUUGAAUGGGAACCAGGAGUUUCCAGAGGAUGAAGAGGAAGAGAGUGUCGAUGCUAAUUCUGUGGAGAUCUUAGGCUCAUCAGUAGUUAAGGAGAUGAACAAUAAUGUUGAAGGUGGCGGAAGGCAGCCAGCUCAGCCGCGUUGUGCAGAGAAUGCCAAGCAAAAUGGGGUCAUGAGUGCUAGGAAGAGGCGAGCAGCUGAUGAUGGAGAGUGGAGGAAAGCGAACCAGGAAGGUCCAAGGGCAAAUAGAGCUAAUGGAAACCCCUUUAGAAGGGAUAAGGCUGAGAGCUCUCGUAUUCCUUCCAUGACUGAGCAUGAAGGGUUAUCUAUGAUGAAGGACAUGAAUCACAACAAUAGUGAAGGCAGUGGAAGACAGCAGGCGCAUCAGUGUUUGGCCGAGAAUGCCAAACACAAAGAGUUCAUGAGACCCACUGGCAGCAAAAAGAGAAGAACAACUGAGGGUGCAGAGCAAAUGAGAGUGAAUAGGAGAGCUACAAGGAGAAACGGAGGUAACGGGAGCCCCUCUGGAAGGGAUAAGGCUGAUAACUCUCACAUUCCAUCCAUGGAAGAUGAGCCAGCUUUUUCCAAGAGAACUUCCAGCUCAAAGUGUGGUAGAACUACCACAACGGAUGAAGCUGCAGAUGAGUUGACUUCACAGCCAGAUUUCUGCCAAGUCAUUAUCCCGAAAAGUUUCAAGAAAGGAGGUAGCCUGUGGAUUCAGCGAGAGUUUAUUCAGAGGCACAUCACAAAUUGGAUUGGGAAAAUGGUGGAGCUUCAGGUAGGAGAAGAAAAAUGGCAUGUGAAAAUCAUCCAAAAAGCCGACGGUUGCCCUUAUCUAUCCAAAGGCUGGCCAGCAUUUGCACGUGAUAACUCUCUGAAAGCAGAGGACACUCUUAUAUUUGUGCCUACUACCACUGCAGAUGUGCUCAGCGUUCACAUUUUGCGUUGUUCUUAGCCGAUUACUGCUUGUUAGCUUAGCUGAGAAGUUGGAAUUUCAGUUUAGGUAGCUUUUGAGAAUGGUUGUCAUGGUUGGUAAGUAGUUAAGGGACUCAGUUAAGUUUCUGAUCAUGUUGCUAGUCCUCUGUUGGAUGCUAUCAGCUUACGUUGUGCUGUCAACUUAUGUUAAUGAGUUUCUUAUAUGUCACAGUAAACAGUCGGGGAGUGAUUCUCACAAAAGCUGAUGUUGAUUUUACUAGGCCCAUCUAGUCCGUGUUCUUGAAAUUCAUCUGAAAUCUGUUCCAUCAGAAAGAAUCUGUUGUGCUAAUAGCCAUUACUAAAUGCUGAGGUAGAACAUCUAGUUUGUGUGUAUGGUUUACAAGUAAAAUUUGCAGUACGGAUGAGAAGAAACUAAACAGCACCUGAAAGAAUCGUGAACUGCUUUUGUUGUCGAUGACGGUGAGAUAACUUUCAGCCAUCUUGCACUUGAACUCAAAGCUGUGUAUGUAGUAAUUAACAUUCUCGAAUGACAGUGACUUUCAGCAAGACAUUAGUCCACCUUGGAACGCACUCAAAGAUGCAAAUGUCUCCUUGUUUCAGCAGGUUACCCUCUGCAAUUUCAGGCCAGCCCUCACAGAAGUAUACAUACUUGUCCUUCAUGUACCUACACAGUGCCAUUGUCCAAGUUUUAUCCGUGACCUGAAGUUGACUUCUCGUCUUCCCCAGCGUGCCUAACUGAAAAGCCAACGGGUACAUACUUUGCUUCCUUUUAGCCAUUCUUAGCAAACAAUAGCAAGCUCCAAAUUUCCCAAAGCUCUUUCAGACAAAGCUUAAUCUGCCUUGGACUCAUAGCAGCAAAGGCAAACCCAUUUCCCUUCCUCUCUCCUCUUCCAUUCUUCUCCUUUCUCUUCUUCCAACCCACCAAGAAAACAGCAAGUGCUUCUCCUUCAGAAAACUACUCCGAUGACGACCCAUUUCCUGAAGCAGCUCACUGAAGACACCAUCAAACACAAGAGAAUGCUGAUUCCUGGGGAGUUCCUCAAGAAAUGUGGGAGAGAAAAUUUGACAAACCCAGUAGUCCUGGAGCCAACAGUCGGAGAUCCAAGGGAGAGGGAGAUGGAGCUCUACGAAGAUGGUGGCGGGUUUUGGCUGAGGAAUGGUUGGCAGGAGUUUGUAGAUCACUAUAAACUUAGCCAUGGAUGUUAUCUGCUGUUUGAGUACAAAAGCUAUUCAAGGUUUAAGCUUUUGAUGCUUGGUGCGAAUGGGCUAGACUGGGAGUUUCCAGCUUCCAGUUUUGUCAACGGUGGAUCAAAUGGAAACCAGGAGUUUCCAGAAGCUGAGGAGGAAGAGAGUGUAUAUGCUCAUUCUGUCGAGAUCUUAGGCCCGUCAGAGGUUAAGGAGAUGAACAACAAUGAUGAAGGUGUCGGAAGGCAGCCAGCCCAGCGGCGGUCUGCAGAGAAUCCCAAGCAAAAAGGGGUUACGAGUGCUAGGAAAAGGAGAACAGCAGAUGAUGGAGAGAGGAGGCAAGUGAACCAGGAUGCUCCAAGGAGAGAUAGAGCUAAUGGAACCCCCUUUGGAAGGAACAAAGAUGAGAAUUCUCGUAUUCCUUCCAUAGCUGAGCAGGAAGAUGAGCCAGCCUUUUCUUGGAGACCUUCCAGCUCAAAGCCCAGCAGAACCACAACUACUGAAGCUGUAGAUGAAGAUUUAGCAAAAUUCACUGGUGCUUGUCAUAACAGAUGCUAUUUAUGUUUUGAAUCUCUUUGUUCUAACGGUUUACAUGGUUUGAUAUCUGUUGAGUUUUCAGGAUUCUCUUUGAUGAAGGACAAGAACUACAACAACAACAAUAACAACAAUGGAGAUGGUGGUGGAAGACAGUCGUGGUUCGCUGCGAAUGCCAACCACGAAGAGUACAAGAGAACCGGUGACAGGAAAAAGAGAAGAACAGCUGAGGGUGGACAGAAUGUGAAAGUGAACAAGGAACCUCCAAGGAGAAGCAGAGCUAACGGAAGCUCAAGUCCGUUCAUGUUUGCACGUGAAGUCGAAAGUGCUUCUAUGGGACCUCCAAGCUCACGGCACAGUAGACCUACAAUUGAAGCUGCAAAUGGGUUUGCUUCGCAAACUGAUUUUCUCCAAGUCAUUAUCUCAAAAAAUUCUUUGGCAAAGAAAGGCUUGAGGAUGCAGGGAGGGUUUGUUCAGAGGCAUAUCACCAAUUGGAAAGAUAAAAUGUUGGAUAUUCGGGUUGAACAAGAGACAUGGCCUGUGGGAAUUGUAUCAGACCACGGUGUCCCUACUCUUUCUAGAGGCUGGUUAGCAUUUGCGCGUCAGAACUCUUUAAAAGUAGGGGACACUCUCAUAAUCGUGCCCACAGCCACUGAAGGUGUUCUGACAGUUCAUAUUCUGCGUUGUUCUUAGAGAGAAGCUACUUGCUAGCUGGAAAGUUGGGUUGUUUAUUUAAGUUGGUUUCGAGAAUGAUUAUCACGUUAGGUUGUUAAAGGAGUCUGUUUAGUUUCUGAUCAUGUUUGCUAAUCCUCUGCUGAAUAUUAUCAGCUUAUGCUGUUGUUUCUCUUUAACUAAUGCUAAGGAAUGUGUCUGAUAUGUAGAACUAAACAGCUGGGACGAUUCUAGAUUGCUAAAGGAGACUGUUCAGUUUCUGAUCAUGUUGCUAAUCCUCUGCUAAAUGUUAUCAGCUUAUGUUGAUGUUUCCAUUAACUAUGGUUUGUGAAUGUUUCUGAUAUGCAGAAUGAAACAGUUGGGAGUUGAUUCUAAAAUCUAACAAAG